AUGGGGGAGUUUCCGGUGGGAUACACAGACAUUUUUCUUCCCAAAUUACUUGUCUUCAUACUAACAGUUCUAGGAUUUAUACGUAAAUUUGUGUGCGCUUUGUUUUCGUUCAUGGGGAUUGGGGAUUUUCUGGAGCCCGGAACGCCGUCGUAUUCGGAGCGGAGCGAAUCGAGCUCGGAGCCCCGGUCGGUGGCGGCGGCGCUCAUCCGCGAGCUUCUCCCGGUGGUGAAGUUCUCCGAUUUGGUGGACCCGCCGGAGAACUGCGCGGUGUGUCUGUACGAAUUCAGCGGCGACGAUGAGAUCCGACGGCUCACGAACUGCAGACACAUCUUCCACCGGAGCUGCGUCGACCGUUGGAUGGACCACGAUCAGAAAACGUGCCCUCUUUGCCGUACGCCGUUCAUUCCGGCGGAUAUGCAGGAAACCUUCAACGAGAAGCUCUGGUUGGCCUCCGGAAUCUCCGAUUUCUACGGCGAAUAUUCGCCGAUCACUACUGGUUUGUAGUGAAAUUUUUUUUUUUUUUUUUUUUUUUUUUUCACACUCGUUUGAGAGAUGUAGAGAUUUAAGAUAAUUUGGUAUAUGAUGAAAUGUACAUAUUGUACACAUAAAUUAAUACAUAUUUUUUUUUUU